AUGUCUCCAAUUUGCCCCAUGUCUGAAGUUAAUGAUAACAUUCGUUUGAAACUAUUGAUUGAGAAGGUUAAUGAUGCUUAUGAAGAAUAUACCAGAUUGCCUGAGGCAGAUAUUCAAGCUUCAAAUGUAGCUAUCAUGCAUUCUGUUCUGAAGCUGAACCAGGAUGAUGUCAAAAAAGUGGUCCACAAAAACUUUGGCAGAAAGCAGCCAACUGAUUAUUCGUUGAUGCUGGGCCACUUUUGCCGUGAAAGAUCGGUCAAUUUGACCAAGAUCGUUCCAAGCGAAGGCAUUCAUCCUUCUACUUAUAUUGCCAAGGAAUAUAAGAAUGAUCUCAAGGGAUUGCAAAAAGCCAUUGAUGAUAUACACUUCAUUUACCAUUUAAAUGAUGAGGACACAUCAAUAACAGUUUAUUUAGUGGGCUCAGCGAUUGCCUUAUCAUUCGUCAAAGAGAAACUGAAUGCUGAUCUUUCCUUUAUAUUGUGGAACAAACUUCCGAAUGGCGCACCCUAUACUGCUGUGUCCGGCAGUCUACCUGUAGUCGAGUUUGUUCCAGCAAUGCAACCAGUUUGUCGGUCAGUUCCCCCUCCUGUUCUUCAUAAUUCCGCUGCUUCCUCAAACUUUGUAGAACCUUAUCGAAAAGGUUCGAGAGACAAGCUUAAAAGAGAAGUUCGAGGAAGGAUGUUGGGCUUGUACAUUGUUUACAGAAAAGCACCUACACAUAAAAUUGUGGGAUGGCCGCGCGAUGUUCGUACCACCGUGCCGUCUUCCAAUUGGAAUUUAUCAGAACCUCUGUUUAAAUGCAGCUCUUGCUCUCGUCAAGUCAAAGCUAAUGCCAUGUUCGCAAUUUUGCACCCACCCUCAUCCUAUCAAACAACUAACCCUGAAACAGUUACGCAAGCAGCCAGCACUGCUACGAGUACCUUAGAUCCCCAACAACAGAUUGCCGAACUAACUACCCUGGUAACCAGUCUCACCCAGCAACUUCAAGCAGCCCAGCAAGAGAUAGAAAAGCUCCGCGUUCAGCUUAAUGCUCAGCAUCCCUCCUCCCAAGACGCCCCAGCGGCCCAGCCCGACAUGGCUGCAUUACCCUGGCGCGACCCAGCCCGCCUCGAACAACUCAAACGCAGCAUGGAACAAAACCGAGAACAGAGACGUCUUCAACGACAAGAAGCUGCUGCACGUAUCCUUCAAGCACCCUCAAAUAACCAAGGAUUCCAAUAUAUUUACCUCCCCACCAAGGCUCGUAUCCCUAUAGGACAGCUUCGCAACCAUUUCCGCAAACUUGGUCUCAACAACAGCCGCCUUCUUGAUACCCAUUACCCUGAUCGUAACAUUGUGGCAGUACUUGUUCACAAUGAUUACGCCAGCGAGUUCAAAGACCAACUACGUAAAUUUAAGAUCACAAUCCAAGAAUCAUUCAACCCAACCAGUGGAACUAUACUUAAAGAUCCCAAAUAUAACGACCUGUCCGACAAUGAACGCGAUGACAUGGCUCGUCAGCUCCAUCAGACCCGUAUCAUGAAUGCACUUAAGUAUAUUCGAAUCCUAGUUAAAUAUGCUGUUGCUCGACACUUUUUAGAAACUAAUCAAAUAACUAAGGAGUUGUAUUCCACUAUUGCUUCCAAUCGAAAUCAACAAACUUCUGAAUCCCCAUUCUUCGCCGAUGAUGUAAUGUCAGAGGCCGCCCCUACAUUUGAUGAGGAAGAGUUUGAUCUUCAACAUUAA